AAAGAAACAAACACACAACAUAGACUUACAAAUUUCAAGUCAAAUUCUGGAGAUGUUUUUCAAUUUAUUUGGUUGGAUUUCCUAGCAAUUUCCCGUUAAUAUUCCACCAAUAACUAACCAAGUAAGUAGUAAAUUAUGUGCGUUUUACGUCUUGGGUAUUUGUUUCUUAAUUUGGGCGUUAUUUAAUGCUAUUAUACGCUCAAAUUUUAUCACGCACGAUCGCACUGACGCCCAUACGAAAUAUGUUGCAAACACAUCUGCCCUUUGCAUUAGAAUACGCAACUUUGUAAAGCUAUUAUAAUUUGAUCAAAAAGGUUCUAAUUUUAAUAUAGUGAACAUCACGUAUCAUUAAAUUUUUGUCACGACUCGAAAGAUUAUUGUUUUUAAAGAUUAAAUUUGAAAGGAAUGACAAUUUAUUGAUCUUUCUGUGGAAAAAAAAUGUAGCCACAGUUUUGUUGUUUUCCAUUCAUUCUUGCAGUCAUUAAUUAUUAAAUUUCAUCAAGAGCAAAAUUAAUACACAACUGUCAUGAUAUGCCAGCCGAAUUUUGGGUUACAUUGAGCACUGAAGAGCGCAGAUGCUGGUCAAUGUUAGAAAUAUUGACAACUUAGAGGAGCAAGGGUAUUGAACUACACUUAAAUUUAUUUAUAAUCAGGCGCAAAACUAUUACAUUUUAAUAAAAAAAGGAGGACUAGAAAACAACAGUAUAUUCUCACUCUAUCAGUUGACCCCCAUCUGCUGCAAAGACUAUAUCUUAUGUGAAAAGAAAUAUAGUUUUCUUGAUACAGAUGUAUAUGUUUACAUGCUUUAAAUUGUUUAGUCUAGGUAUUAGCAAGCAAGAUGGAUGAUUCAGACAAGUCAACUGUUUUUAGGCAAGGUGUUAAAGAAUCCAUAAAAAAACUGGAAGAUAGUGUACUUCACUUAAGGUGAUUUACAGGCUAUUUUAUAACCAUAUAUCAUACUGUGUGACCAUGUCUUGGGUAACCUGUUAGCCACUUUGUUCACCCAAUACACCUUACCAUACUUUAUUAUUUUACUCUGUCGUGUACAUUAAUGGGUUAACCAGACAAUUUGCCCCUGUCUUUGGAUAACCCAUGUGGAUUAACUAACAAUGUGCCCUAAUACCCCCUGCCACUUUACUUUGUCUCAAGCAAAAAAAAUAGAUGCAUUAACCAUUGUGCUAUAACCCCCUAGGGGUUACUGGUACGAAGGUGAGCCAGCCCGGGUACCCGAGCUAGCACGCUUUGCCGAGCUAAUUUCAUCCUGUGUUUACACGAGACUUUUGAGGCAGGCUGGCUCUCCAAAACAAACCACUGGUCUCACUCUUAUAAAUAGCAUAAAAUAAAUAUAUUUUCUCAUGAACGUAAAAUUCACACUUUUGCAAGCAACGUUCACAGUUAUAACUCACAGAAUCAUUCACAGAGACCUCUUUUAAGAUUGAAAUCUGUUGAGAAAAUCUUAUUUAUAAAUAUAUAUUUGUGUGAACAGAGCAAUAACACUCACUGUGCUUAGGUGUGAAAUUAUAUAUAUUAUAUGGGAAAUUCCCAGCCCUCGGGUCAGUCGGGGCAGGAUCUCGCUUAAACAGACAAGCUUGGUUCCCAUAUAAAUGCAAAAAUUUGGUAGGAAAUAAUACAAAGGUGGGAUCUCACCUUAACCUGGGCCAGCUCAGUACCUAUAGGCUGGCUCGCCCCAUAUGAACAGCCCUUACUCAUAACCCUGUUACAUGUACAGUAAUAAUUCCACAGCUCUCAAAUCCAAAAUGUGAACAGCGCAAUCAACAGCGUGAAGACGAGCAGUAUGAAUGCGACAAAGGUUGUUGAAAAUCAUUUCGAAUCUGCCAAAAAGGAAGUAAUCGCAGCUCUUGAGACACGGAUGGUAUUCCUGUUAACAACUAUCAAAGAAAUUGAGACACAAGAUUUAGAACCUUUGACAAGUCUAAAACAACAGCUCGAUGGAGACCUUGCAACCAUGAAGAACUCAAUUCAAGAAGGUAGUUUUAACCCAUUACUAAACUGCAAUGCACCUUAAUUUAUUAUUUCACCCUCUCUCAUGCCAGACGAUUCUACUUGUCAAGAGGAGAGUCAUGCCCUUCACUGGGUUAACUAAACUAUCUACCAAUGUGUUUUAUAAACUCUUUGUAUCUUGCUUAUCACAUUUUGGGAAUAAGUGGAAUGCAUCCCCCAACCAGGAAUAAACUUCAAUAUGCUCAUGAUUAUUUAACUCCCACUGGGCAAGCCUUUCAUCAAAGUACAUCACCCAUGUACUUAAUUGUAAUAUGUUUUCACUAAAAUGUCAGGACAUAGUAUAUUAGAGCAAGAAGAUGACUUAGUGAUGAAAAAUGAAAAAGAAAUUAAGAAAAAAUUACAACCACUACAGAAAAGGUAUGGUAUAUUUUAGCCAGUAAAGGUUUAACUGAGAAUGUGGAUGGCCAUUUGAAAAACAGCCAAUUAUCACAACACCUUUCUCAAAAUCUGUAGAUUGUACACCCCCCCCCCCCCCCCCCCCUCCCCCCAAUGUUUUCAGAGUGUUAAACAGUGAUCCAUUAAGACAUCCAAGUGCCUCCACAAUGCAGGAAAUGCUGUUUUAGAGAUCCAAAAUUUUCCUGGGGAACAUACCCCCAACGCCCCUUGUGGGUAUGGGUGAAGUUUGACUCAGUAAUUAUGAAGACAUCCUCCUCCCAAUAAAAACAAAACUGGAUAUACAGUUUUGCAUAUCUCGGAAAGUUUGGUUAAAAAAACAAGUGCCAGAUCAUAAAACUUGUGUACCUCGGCUACAUAAGUAUGUGAAUUAUCGCACCCUGGAUGGACAACACAUGUCAUACACAAUAUAUAAUUUGUACUCUCUCGCUUCUCUCCAGUUAUCCGGAUAUGCCAUGUGUGGCUCAAAAUCUCUCAGUAAGUGUUGAAGACUCAGAAGUGAGCAAUAUCGUCGAAGCCCUUCAAAGACUUGGUGACGUUCAAAUGUUGGGAUCACUACAGAUUGUUGAACUGGUAGAGCAACCUGGUGGGAUCUUAGUACAGUGGGAUGAGGUACAGUAACCAUGCGGAUGAUUUUACUCAUCAAACAGACAUUUGCAUAUUAGUGUUGGCAGUGAAUUAUAAGUUUGAGUUUAUUGAGCUUCACACUCAUUGGUCAGCAGAUUUCCCAACAGCCUAUAACCCAGUUGAUACUGCAGAUUCAGGUAGACCGUUUAAUGUGAAUAGUUGUCACAUAAGUUUUAACGGUUGCACGAUAACAUUUAUAGGCAGAUUUUCAGGCGUUUCUAAGGCGUGGCUUCAAUGUUUAUUUUCAAAAUUUAACCGUUGUAAUUACAACGUUUAAAUUUUGAAUAUAAACAUUGAAGCCAUGCCUUAGAAACGUCUGAAAAUCUGCCUAGAAAUGUCAUCGUACAACUGUUAAAACUAACGCGACAACUAUUCGUAUUAAAGGGUCUACCUGAAUCCGCAGUAGGGGAUCCAAGGUACCUUGUUUGUUUUUAAUGUCCUUAUCCGAGAAGUCUAGACACGAAAACCUAACCACUUACUGAUGUCAAUAUAAAGAUAGCACUUCCUCCUCGCAGGGCUUGAAAUAGCAGCCGAUCACCGAUCAACGAUCGGCAAGAAAUUGUUUAUGAUUGACAGGAAAACAAUAUUUUCAACAAAAAAAUUUGGCUGCCAAUCACCAUGGUCGGAAACUUCGGGAACAUUAUUUCAAACCCUGUCCUCAAUAUUUUAAGACCUUGAGAGUAGAGGUCCAACCAAGGGUUGUACCCUGGUCUCCCAGCUUGAAAGGCAAGUGUAGCGACCAUGACACCACAAGUGCUGGUUAAUUAAUAAAGCAUCUCUCAUCCAUUUCCAUCGUGUUCAAAUUUAGACUUUAGUUGAUAGCGAAUCGUUCACAGAAGGAAGUGUGGGAACACAGGAAUACAUGUUACAAUACUGUCAAGCAGAUAACAAAGUCAGCUCCGACGAUGUCUUCAGUACUAUAUAUCAAGGAGAACAAAUGUCGUAUCUAGUGACAGACAUUGAGCCACACGUCACAUACACAUUCCGUGUUUGUGGAAGGUCUGGGAACAAGGACGUGAAAUGGGGACCAUGGAGUGCCUAUAAGAAUGGUGUGACGUCACUUGAACCACACGGUAAGUUUUACCUAGGUCCAGGGAUGGAUUUACUGGGGGGUGCAGGGCCGGUGCUAUUUUUCAUGAUAAUUAAUUUAAAUUAAAUUAAGCAAAAAAUUAUUAGAGACAAAAUGAGAUACAGUAAUUUGAGCAAUAACAUGAUGAUAAGUGAACUGUGAACAACAAUUACAAUUCAAAUAAAGUAGUCAAGCAAGACUUUGCUGUAGUGAAGCAACUGCAAGUUGAUGGGCGGGCGGCACACAUAACCUACACAACUUGGCACCAGAGCUAGCGUCGGCACCCCCCCCCCCCCAGAUCAUGCUGGAUCCAUCCUUGCCUAGGUUUCAUAAGUCAGAUGAAGUCACUAAAAGACAGGUCUUUCCAAUUUUGAGGGACAUGGACUUGCCUACAAAAGUUUUGGUGCUAGUAGCCUAAUUUGGACAUAAUGUUCAACAUCGUAUUGAAGGGGUUGUAAUAUAUGAAGGGUUCUGUAGAUGGAAAUUUCAAGUGAAAAUUUUAUACAUUUAUUUAUACCUAACCAGGAGCAGCUGCGAAAAAUGCAACUAUUCUUGGGUUUCAGUCACGUGAUAUUCUAGCAUAAUUUGACUCAAGUGGGGGUCAAUCAUUGAAAUGAGGUCUGUCUAUGCAUCUUAUGUAAAUAAGUCAUCCAACUAUUCAUGGCUUGAAAUUUACAGUAUCCCAAUAUCCAAGGGAUACCAGAUUUUAAGUUUGGUUACUGGACAUCACAAGGUCGGUAUCCAUUGGGAUACUAAGCAAGUUUCUGCCGUCCACAUAUAGUGUAUUUUUCUGUUCUACAGUAUAGUAUAUGAAUCCUUUGUAAACAUAUCUUAGAUUCAUUAUAUAAUCAAAUUCAUAUCAAUUGAAAACUCAUUUUACCAGUUAUACAGAUCUCACUGGAUAGUGCCACAGAAUUGCGUAAGCGCUAUUUGUCAUGAUUCGUCACUCAGCAAGUACCCUAAGAAUAAGCAGUCACCCCUGGAAAUAUCCAUGGCUUUUUCCCACACAACACCAUUUUGGAUAUUUCCAGGGGGGUGACUACUUCUUUUUAGGGUACUUGCGGAGUGAUGAAUCAUGACGAAUAGCGCUUAAAUUUCAAGCCCUGGACUAUUAAAAAAGCCAAUAUAAAACAACGUAAACAAAUAUUAUAAAAGCCGUCCUUUACCCUUGACACCCAUGUGACAUCAAAUGAAACCCAAGAAUAAGCCAUCUGUCAAGGAUCGAAGCUGCGGCCUGCAAUGAAGCUCUGCUUGAGUUUCACUAAAUGACCACUAACCAAUCCAAAUAACUUCUUACAGAAUGGUCAAAGAAAGACUGCAAGAAUGAGAAAAGGAUUUCCAUAUACCAGCUAAGCAAUGAUAGACGUACUGCCACAAAAGUAUUUCCCGAAAGCUCCAGGGUUCUACGAUCACGUUCCAUGAGCUACAUCAUUGGAAAUACCAUUACAUUUACCGUUGAAGAAAUGGGCGAGCCUUCAGCAAGUGACGUCAUUGGCAUGAUCACUCAAUAUUGUGUUAUCGAUAACAAACAGGUUUUACAAGGUCCUGAAUGUGUCGGGGUGAACUCAAAAGGGAUAAUACAUGUGAACGGAACUAACAUGACAACAAGGUUGCCUCCGUUCAAACGAGGGACUCAAGUUUCGUUUGAGGCACACAAGGUGUCGGGGAAGAAAUUACGAGUGUCUGUGAGUGUCGAUAACAAAGAAGUGACGUUAGAUUGGCCUAUACAAAAUGAAGUUGAGAAGUUGUACUUUGCGAUGUGUUUCGGACAAUCUGGCUGGCAGGUUACUAUAGGAUGAUGGUAAAUAGCCGAUUGCAGGAGGACAAACAUGUUUAGCUGAGGACAAACAGAGCUGUGUCGUUGAACAGCACCAGUAGAAUAGUAUUUCAAGUGACCAAUAGCAAAUAAUUUUCAUAUUGAACUCAUACACUCUGCCCUACUUGACAAAAAAAAGUUGUCCAAAGAAUUCCAAAGUGGACAGGCUUUGUCAGUUUAAAUAAUAUAUAAAACUAAUAGUUGCCAAAGCAACAAGGGCCAAGGUUUUUGUCAUGUACAACAGAGUAACAGACUGACAAUGAAUCUUGCAUAUCAUCUAAAUGAGUGGUUUUAUGAUGCAUCGGUUUUUUGAUUCACUGAUAAACUGCCAUAGACAAUGACUGUAUGUAUUUAAUUGCAUGUCUACAAUCUACAGCCCUCCCCAAGAUAGUCAUGUACCCUGAACAUGUGUAAAAAACGUAGGUGGUUUCUAAGGGGUGGACCAUUAGAAAAAUGAUGGAGGGGGGGAGGGGCAGGGAAGAGAAUUUUCAACUUGCACAAAUUUUUUUUGGCUGUCUGCUUGUGCUGGAAUUUUUGCUUUGAAAGGUAUUUUUCUUUUCUACUCCCCAUCAUUUUUCUAAUGACUGCGCUUAAGAAACUUUUAGUCAUAGUUAGUCAUUAAUAGUAUUUGAUAAUUGAAUUAGAUAGUUAUAUGUUAUUAUUUAAAAUUAAUGUAAAGACUUACCAGAGAAUAUGAAAUUAGAUAAUUUACAAUGAUCAUCCAAAUAGUGAUUAUUAUUUCUUUGGCUUUGAUAGAAUUCCAUCUAUCUCCAUUUUGAUAAAAGUUCUGAAACUGGGGUCCUCAAUUUUCUUCAAAGCUUCAUCAAUAAAAUGGUUUGAUUCGCCAUUGUCGGAAAACUCCUUGAGUUCUUUGGCGUAUUCAAUCCACACACAGUUGGCACAGCCACUCAUGCAACACAGCUCAGGAGGUGGCGGGUCAGGGGGCUUGCUUGACAAGUUUCUUAUGCAUACUGAAACAAAAUUAACCUAAUAAGCUGGAAUGCAAAUAUGGGGUGCAGGCCUUGCAAUGGAUGAUUCCAGAUAUCAACUAAUGGACCUAUUCCCUAAUGAAC